CGAGAACGCAUCAUCUGGUUACAUUAAUUUUACCUUCGAAUAUAUAAUAAUAAAUUUUGUUUGUUGCAACAAUGGGCGAAGACACAAAGUUUAUUGUCACAGAAAUGAACAAACUUUUGUCACGGAGUUACAACUUGAUUUCUUUUAGUGCUUUAGGUCCCGAGGAUUUGCUUCAAGUACUCAGUGAUGUUUUAAUGGAAGUGGAACAAGAGGGAGCAGCAAAAAUCGACAUCAAAACUGAAAAUCCAGAGGAAAGUUCUAUUCGAAUUUUCUCGAUUCUAAGAGUACUAAAAUAUCAACCAAGUAGAGAUCCUGUAUUAUUUAGACAAGGUUUGGUGAAGGGUGAACCGGAAACAAUUUACCCAAUUCUAAAAUGGAUUUUCGCCAACCUCAGCAUUGCUCGCCAAAGAGCUUAUCUAGCUCGAUUUCUUGUAAAAGUGGAAGUGCCAGAGGAAUAUUUGUCAGAUCCAGAACUGAGUUCCUUGUACGAACAAUAUUUAAACAUGGUAGAGGAAUUCAAAGCACUUCACAAGGAAAGAGAAGCCGGAAGAAAGAGUGUGGAAACUGCGGCUGAACUUAAGGCUGAUGUGGCAGCAAUGGAAAAAGAAAAAAAAACUUUAGCAGGAAGAGUUGAGAAAAUGAAAGUAAGAAUACAGCCUGCAAUUCAUUUAUUAGAAGAAGCUCAAAUGUUGAGACGUGAAAAAGAUAGAGAACGAGAAAUCGCGUUACAGAAGGAGCAAGAAAUUGAAGCUUAUAAGGCGCUGGAGGUUUCUAUUCAAAGAGCCGAACGAGAGUUACAAAUGCUAAGACAAGAAGGAGCAGGACUCACUCCUGAAACCUUACUACAGCGACUAGCUGAAGAAGUUUCUGUCUUAACUGCAAUUGCCGAUGAACGCUUGCCAGCUGAAAUAGCAGCAAAAGAACUUCAGAUAAAAGCCUUAAAAUCAGUAGUAGAAGCACCCUAUAUUGGAACCGAUGAAAUUGCAGCUUUGAGAAGUGAAUUGGACGCCGCAGCACGUGAAGUUCAAGAAUUAGUGGAGAAGAAGGCAUCAGAAAUGGGAGGUGAUAAAAUGGCUCCUUUCAGACAACAAGCAGCUGCGAUCGAAAAUACUAAACAAAGUGUUCUUGAUGAAUUAGAGAGAAAAGAAGCUACUUUAGCAGAACUGGAAUCUAAGCUACAGGAAAAAAGAGAGAAAGUAAAAAUGUUAUCAAAGGAGACAGCACCACAAGGAGAAGAAUUAAAAAAAUAUGUGGCACGUUUAAAAACUAGAAGUACUUUGUAUAAACAAUGCAGGUCUGAAUUAUCUGGUCUUAAAGCAGAAAAUGGAGUACUUAGUCGGACUAUUGAAAUCUUAAAUCACCAGCUUUCUGAAAUUCAACCAAAUGAUGGAAUGUACAACAAUAUUCCGGAAGGGUUUACAGAAGAGACUGGACCUGCAAUUAAUGCGCAAUUGUCUCAAAAAAUUGCGACUCUUCAGACUCAAGUAGCUCCUUUGCUAAACGAAAUAAAACCAGUGCGUCAGAAAGCUCUGGAAUUAGAAGAAAGAUAUGAAAAGGCUCGUAAAAGGCACGAAUCACUUCGAACAAGUAUGGAAGGUUCAAGUUAUGAAUUAGUACAAGAGGUGGAAAGUCUCAGGGAAACAGUAAAUAAGGCUACUGAAAAGACUAAAGAAUUGCGAGCAGAAAUUUCAAAAAUGAAACUCGCUGAAGAGAGGAUACAACAAGAAAUAAAGAAUUAUGCAAGUCAAAAUGGUGGUCCAACUUAUAGAGACGAAUUACAAGAAGCGAUCCAAACUGAGGAAAAGAAAAUAAAAACCUUAAAGGAGGAAGAAAAAAUGAUUCAGGAGCAUUCCGCUCAUAACGAGUUUCAGCUUCAACAAUGGAAACAUCUCCAAUCAAUUUUCGAGAUCAAGUUGAAAUGUGCAGAGGAAGUUAAAGAAAGAGAUGGUAUUGUAGUUCGAGAAAAAGGCGCGGAAACUCUCAUUUUGCAAUAAAUAAGGAACUGAUUAUUUCAGAUUUUUUUCCAGUUAACUGUAAUUUUAAAUUGACUAAUAAAACACUAUAUAACAAUAA